GCCAAACAGAGAUGACAUGAUGCUUGUUGGUCGGGCUCUUGGACAUUGAAUAUGUGUUGUGUUGACUGCGAUUGAGACUGUCUGCUCACAGAAGCCUUGUUUCCAAGAAUCUCUGAGGAUGGGAUUAAAUUCACCAUAACGCUGAAUAUUUUACCGCGCUUUAAAACGGUCACGAAUCGUAUAAUUUAGGUGUACGUUGCAGUACUUUAUGUAGUGGACGAUUUAACUAUAUAACUUGUGACAAUUAUCGGCACUACUUUAUAUUCGUCAAUGAUACAUUCUUGGAGCUACAAUAUCGCUGCAAACCUUCGAAGGUCCUGCUGCGUGCUCAGUUGGUCUUAAAGGAGCCGUUACAAGAGCACGCUAGGGUAAGAUGACGAUGUCCGUACCGGAGAGGAUAUCGGGGUCCGGGGGCAAAGAGGAGGAGAGCGAGGAUGAGAGUGAAAUCCUGGAGGAAAGCCCCUGCGGCCGCUGGCAGAAGAGACGGGAACAGGUCAGUCAGGGAAAUGUCCCAGGCAUUGAGAGUGCGUACUUGGCCAUGGACACUGAGGAGGGGGUGGAGGUGGUGUGGAAUGAAGUGCAGUUUUCAGACAAGAAGGUUUUCAAGUCCUUUGAGGACAGGAUAAAGGAGAUGUUUGAGAACCUCAUGCAGGUGGAGCAUACAAACAUCGUGAAGUUUCACAAGUACUGGCUGGACAUGGGAGAGAGCAGAGCCAGGGUAAUUUUUAUCACAGAAUAUAUGUCAUCUGGCAGCCUCAAGCAGUUUUUGAAGAAGACCAAGAAAAACCACAAAACUAUGAAUGUGAAGGCAUGGAAACGUUGGUGCACACAGAUUCUAGGUGCGCUCAGUUACUUACAUUCAUGUGAUCCGCCUAUUGUCCACGGUAACCUGACCUGUGACACCAUCUUUAUCCAGCACAACGGGCUCAUAAAGAUUGGCUCAGUCUGGCACAGGCUGUUUGUAAAUGUUUUUGCUGAGGCUAUUCAUGGGAAUGUGCACCAGCAUCGAGAUGAAGUGCGAAACCAGCACUUUUUUGCUCCAGAGUAUGGCAUUGCUGAAGACGACUACGCCAUUGAUAUAUUUUCAUUUGGGAUUUGUGCCUUGGAGAUGGCAGUGUUGGAAAUCCAGGCCAAUGGAGACACUGCAGUUUCGAAAGAGGCCAUAGAUCAUGCUGGACAGUUACUUGAGGACCCUCUCAUGAGGGAAUUUAUCCAAUCGUGUGUGCUCACAGAAGCUAAGACGAGACCCACAGCUCACGACCUGUUGUUCCAUAGAGUAUUAUUUGAAGUCCACUCCUUAAAACUGCUUUCUGCGCACUGUUUUAUCAAUAAUCAGUAUCUCCUUCCUGAGAACUGUGUGGAAGAAAAGACUAAAUCUUAUGACCCAAAUGGCAUCAUGGCAGAGAUUAACCAUCGAGACCGACCUGGAGUUCAUCUGAAAUAUUCCCAUGUCUCGCCUCUGGAGUUGGACAAAUUCCUUGAGGAUGUCAAGAAUGGCAUAUACCCUCUGAUGAACUUCGCUUCCCAGCGGCCCCACCCAAUCCCCCGCGCUCUGUCUUUGUCACAGGAACAGAUGGAGACUGUGAAGACCCCAACUCCAGAACCCCAGGAGACUGAAACCAGAAAGGUCGUCCAGAUCCACUGUAAUUUGGAAGCGAAUGAGGAAGGCACAAGGAGUCAUCUCUCUCUCUUCUUAAAGAUGGAUGACCGGCUUCACCGCCAACUUAGCUGUGAUGUUAUACGAUCUGACAGUCCCAAAGAUUUGGCUAGUGAGUUGGUUCACCAUGCUUUCAUCAGUGAGGACGACUGUGAUAAGUUGGCAUGUUUUCUUGAGGAUGCAUUAUGUAAGCACUGGUCAGGGACAUCUAACUCCCCUACUGCCAUGGCUGUGAUGUACUAAGCCCAGGUGGUCUGAACCGUCCCAUUAUAGACAAACAGAGUAAGCAGAGUGGAUCGAUACUAGGAGGAAAUGAGACCAAAUAUGCAAUGUUAAAAGUUCUCAUCAAACCACAUGGUACCUGCACAAACUCCAAUGAGCUCAAACUGUUGAUAUGGAAGGUCAAAUAAUUGCUGUCAUCUCACAAUGAUGAAUAAAUCACUUCAUUGCCUGCCUUUUAGGUUUGGUUUAGUUUAGUUUUCAUAACGGAGUUAAAUGGAUUUUUAUAUAUACACAUCCUUCCAAGUUAUCCUGCCUAUGGCACAAUCCGUCCUCCAUCCAUUCUCCAAAAGAUAUUUGGCAGGGUCAAAAUCUCACAGAAACAGGCUUUGGGAACCAGAGAAAGGAAGCUUCAUGUCCAAGAAAUAAAUGCUUCCUAUUCUUCAGCACAAGUGGAGUCUUUUUUUUUUUUUUUUUCAGUUGUCUGUGUGUUCCAGACUUAAAUUAUUUAUUAUUUUAAACUAUUAAUAAGUCUUGGUAUAGAAACAUGUUUAAAACUCCAAGCAAGGAAAUUUUAACUAAAUGUUUAAUUCUCAUUGCUUCAUUACGUUACUCUAUAUGCUUUUAAAGAGCUGACUGUGAGCAAAUGAAUGUACGAUACUAUGACAAAAGUGUUCUUGGCACCUCUUAUACUAUUUUGACACUCUUUGUUUUAGACCUUAAACUUGAUUUCUUGCUCUUAUUCAGGAGUAAUUCUUACAAAGACUAGUGAAACGAAUGCGUUUAGAAGUGCUCCCGUGACUUUGUUGCUUUAUAAUAUCCCAAAUGCUUUUCCAUGCAUAGACAACUGACUUUGCAAAUGUUUAUAAACAGUGGCAAUAACGGUAACCCAGAAUUGUGUGAGUUGCAUGUCAUAUCUGGUGUUUGCUCUGUUUUAAGCAGUAAAAAUCAGAAGAGCACUUCAUCCAGAAGAUUUUCUCCCAGAAUGAGAUGGAAUAAAUAUGUGCCUCUCCAAAUUGAAUAAGACAUUUGCAUUUUUUCAUUUAGCAGACAAUUUAAAAAAAGGAGACCUACAAAUGAGGAAAAUACAAGCAAAAGCAAUUAAUCUUAAGAGCAUUUUCAAUGGCUACCAACAAAACCUCACACACCAGGCGCCCUAUUCAUCCAACGUCUAAAUGUGUAACAGUGUUAAUAUGGGAUUUUCCUUUUACAUUAUGUGACUAUGUGCUGAUAAUAGAUCAGUGGACUGCUCAGAGAUGGGCCCAGUUUACUAUUUAUCUGUUCCUUAGCUUUUAAUAUUAUUUCAGUAUAAGUUUGAUAUGGCACACAUCAUGCCUCGUACACUACUAUUCAAUUCUAGAGUAAAAUGACCAGUAAUCAGACCAGUGAUUAGAAGAAAUGUGGUUAACUUUAAAAACUCUUCUUUUAAGGGCUGAUGUUCUGUCAUAUUUUCACAGUAUGUGUAUAUUUUGUGGCAUAUUAAUGAUUUGCACACUACUGCAUAUAUAUUCUAUAUGAUAACUAAAUCAUGUCAAGGCCAAAGAUGUACUGGUGUAAUGCUGGCAAUUGAGAUUUUGCUUUUUAGGUAAAAGAGUGGGUAUUGCAUUGCAAUGACAUAUUUAAAACGGUAUUCAUUAUGUGAAGGCUUUUGUGUUGCCAUGCCAUCCAAAGCAAAAAGGGAUGUGUUUUAGUACUGUUCUUUCCAAUGGCUUUGACUUUUCCAAUAUCUCUUUAAAUAAAAUCAUGCAUGUCAGAAAAAGAAUGCUUUUACAGAAUGUAUCUGUUAAGUUUACUGGCAUGAUUGUAUAGUGGAUGUAUUACAGCUUCUGAAAACUAUUUACAUUUGUAAUCUCAAAUGUUUUAAAAGUCAUGGAAAAAAUACAGUCAUUAUCCACUUACUGUUAUCAUGAGACACAGAUGUCUUUGCAAUGUAAUUAACUUGUAUGUUGAUUCAAGAUAGUGAUAUGAAUGUAGAGUAAAUAGCUCUUCAAAAUCUACUCUCUCUAAUUCCUUGUGCCAUGUAUCAUCUAAAUCCAAGCAUUAACUGGACUUUUGCUUUGGGCAAAUCUUAUAUAUAAUUUUUUUUUUUCUUUUUUUCUUUUUUUUACUUUUGUGUUGAAAUUGUAUACUGUGACAUGAAAUACUAUAACAUUAAAACAUCUUAUUAAUACUUGAAUAUAUAUAUACUGAAUUUAUUUCAUAAGUUUUUUUCUGUAUGUCAUUAUUAAAUAUUCACAAGAACUUGAGAAUAUUUACUGGCAGCCAAACCAUCCCCACACCUUCUGCCCACAGAUUUUCUUUUACUUUUUUAGUAUUAGUCAUUUGUGAUUUAAGGAUAAGGAUUUUUUGACAAAAUUAUAAUUUUCUUAAAGAAAAUAAAAAGUACAGUUAGGACCGUUAUGAUAUUUUUCACUGUGACCUUAUUAUCAGGACAUUUUUAGCAGUAAUGAGAAUAUCAUAAUCACCAUCUUUUCUGCAUUGUGGUAAUGAUAAUUGGUAGGUAAAGUGUGUUACUGUCGUGAAAAUAAUCUCACAAAGUAAAACAAAUCUCAAUGGCCCUACAAAUAGGCUUUAUUUUCUAUAUGCAAACUAUAAUUUAUUCAAUUUAUAUUUUUAUUGUCAUGUAAAAUAGAACCAGGACAUUUUCUCGAGAGGUUUUGUGAGAAUCGCCCUUACAGAGAUUGCACAAAGAAAUCAUUUCUAGCCUGUAAGAUAUGUUAGAGCUUAUCAUAACUACAAAAACAUAAAUUCAGUAUAGAAAUGACCAUGACUCGUCCAGACCUGGAAACCACACUUGAAAUUUGACAUUUCCAUGUUUUUCAUGAACAUUUGCUAGACUAGUGUAUGUCCAAAAUGCAGCUGCAAGAGUCCUCGUGUUCACAUCACCUCUAUACUGCAUGAUCUCCACUGGCUACCUGUUGCAUCCCGUUUUCAAUUUAAGAUACUUCUCCUAACAUUUAAGGCUUUAAACGGUCUUGCUCCAGUUUAUUUGUCUGAUCUACUUCACCUUUAUUUGCCUCUUAGGUCUUCUGAACUUGGCCAUUUGUCUGUGCCUAGAUAUAUCUUGAUUGUCUGCUGUAGGUGGAAGGUAAUUUUGUGUUGUUGCUCCUAAACUAUGGAACACAUUAGCCCUUACUCUUCAUAAUAUUUCCUCUCUUUCCACUUUCAAGACCCAGCUGAAAACAUAUAUGCAGUACACUUUAAGUAAUUAUUUGUUUUUUUUAUGUGUAUCUUGUAUCGUUUAUCAUGUUAUUUAAUGUAUUUCUAAAAUGUACUUAUUGUAAAGUGACCUUGAGCUUUGGGAAAGGUACUA